CGGGAGAGGAAGGCGCUCCAGUUCCGGGUCAGGCCCGGCUCCCGCCUCUCGGCCUCGCCAUGGCGAGCGGCAGCGGCGGCGGGGCGGCGGGGACGGCGGCGGCGGCGGCCAACCUCAGCGCGGUGAGGGAGACCAUGGACGUUCUGCUUGAGAUUUCAAAAAUUUUGAAUACGGGCUUAGAUAUGGAAACUCUGUCCAUUUGUGUACGACUUUGUGAACAAGGCAUUAACCCAGAAGCUUUAUCGUCCGUCAUUAAGGAACUUCGCAAGGCUACUGAAGUGCUGAAGGCUGCUGAAAAUACAACAAGCUGACUCUGGAAAACUCUUGAUAUGCCAAGCUGUGCAAGAGGAUUUUAAUAUUGCAUUGUAGUCAAGAAUGUACAGUAAAAUUACUGCAUGCAGCAGUGUAGAAAAAUUUUCCUUUUAAAAAGAAUUAUAAAACCGUAACUUUGUAAGUCAGUGAAAAGUGGCUUACAAAGAGAACUAUGAGAUGUGUUUAUAUCACAUCUUGCUCAUUUUUUUAAAUGUCCCUAAUGCUUUGGUAUUGCUGUAUUCAUAGUUACAUGUUCCUUAUUUAUAGCUCCGAUAGCUUUAAUUUUCUAAGCAGGCUGUCUGGCAGCUGUGCACAUCUGCUGUGCCUGGUUGAAGAACAGUGGAGCCAUCAGCAGGGAUGUGCGAUAGUUAUGACUUUUUGACAUUUCCAUUAUAAACUUUAAUUUUGAAUUGUUUAUGCAUAACAAGUGUGGAUUUAUGUUGUAGUAGGCUGAAAGUUGACAGGACUUCAACCACGAUUUGUGAAUUUUGAUUUAGAUUUGUUAUGUACUUCAGAAUCUUGCUUUUAAAACAAGGACAUAGAGAAUAUUUCUUAUAAUCUGUUCUUUAACAAAGAAUGCUUAGUUUUUUAAAAGUUUUGGGCAAUUAGUAAUGUCAGCUAAUCAUUUUUGUAUUGAGUAAAAAAUAAAACGUCUAGAAACUUUAAAAUUUUACAAGUACUGAUAGUGCUUAAUAUAGUCUUAUUUUUAGUUUAAACCAUUUAAAUCUAAUAGG